AUGGAUUUAGAUGCCCCUGUUCCCAUGACGGGACUGCAAGAGCAGCCCGUUAUCACAGCGACUAUUCUCUGCUGUAACUGUGGUGCUCCUAUUGACGGAACGGCCUCGGCUGGUGCUCUUUGCUCUGAGUGUCUUCGGAACACCGUGGACGUGUCUCAGGGUAUUCAAAGAGAGGGAACUUUGCAUUGCUGCCGAGACUGUGAGCGCUGGUUGCAACCACCGAAUAGCUGGGUCGUUGCAAACCCCGAAUCCAAAGAGCUGUUGGCUGUCUGUCUGCGCCGUCUCCGUGGUCUCAACAAAGUCAGAAUCAUCGAUGCGAGCUUCAUCUGGACAGAACCCCACUCUCGUCGUAUCAAGGUGAAGAUCACCAUCCAGCAAGAGGCCUUCCAAGGCACCAUCGUUCAGCAAACAUUCGAGGUGGAAUAUGUGGUUGCAUCCCAGCAGUGUGAUGACUGCAAGAAGAGUUAUACACACAACACCUGGAGAGCCUCGGUCCAAGUUCGACAGAAGGUCCCACACAAGCGGACGUUCCUGUUCCUGGAGCAGCUGAUUCUGAAGGCCGGUGCGCACAAGGAUACUGUCAAUAUUAAGGAAGCGAAGGAUGGUUUGGAUUUCUACUUUGCGCAGCGUAAUCACGCUGAGAAGAUGGUCGACUUCCUGCAGUCCACGAUUCCCUGCAAGAUGAAGAAGUCCCAAGAGCUGAUUUCCAUGGAUAUCCACACCUCCACCAAGUCCUACAAGUUCACCUACUCUGUUGAACUGAUCCCCAUCUGUAAGGAUGAUUUGGUUGCCAUGCCUAUCAAGCUUGCUCGCCAGCUGGGCAAUAUCUCGCCCUUGACCCUCUGCCACCGUGUCGGAACUAGUGUCAACCUUCUAGACCCUCUCACCCUUCAAACGGCCGAUGUUGCCAGCGGCACCUACUGGCGCUCGCCAUUCAGGAACUUGGCUGAUGUCACAGAGCUGAAGGAGUUCAUCAUUAUGGAUAUCGAGCCUCUCGGCCACUCAACCGGCCGGUAUCGCCUGGCCGAAGCUACCGUCGCCCGGGCAUCGGAUCUGGGCAGCAACGACACCACAUACUACACACGAACCCACCUUGGCGGUAUUCUGCAUGUCGGUGACUCCGUGCUGGGCUACCAUCUGACUGGCACCAUCUUCAACGAUGAUAACUUCGAGGCCAUCGAGGCCAGCAGCCAGUAUGGAUCGACGAUUCCAGACGUCGUCCUCGUGAAGAAGCACUACGCUCGCAAGAAGAAGCCCAAGAACCGUGCCUGGCGCCUCAAGCGCAUGGCUCGCGAGUACGAGGAGGAAGCCCUCGCUGGCCAACAGACCCGUCGACAAGAGCAGGAGCAGGAUCGUCUCGAACAGGACUUCGAAAUGUUCUUGCGGGAUGUCGAGGAAGAUCAGGAGCUGCGUCAAACUCUGGAUCUGUAUAAAGCUCGUCUCAAGGCUGACCAGGACCAUGAGAUGGACGAAGACAGUGGUAGUGAGGACGAGGUGCCGAAGAUCAACAUGGAUGAGCUGCUUGAUGACUUCGACGAGCUCACUAUGAACGAAGAAUGA